AUGGGCAGGCAGCAAGAGAUGAAGUUCUCAUUCCGCCGGGCUGCGAACGAGACCAAGGGGGACGCGGAGAAGAACCUUACACUAUCUGUAGCCCAGUAUGGCGAUGUCAUGGCACGAUACGAUACUAUCGACGGAGACAGGAGGAUUGCGGGGGUGUACGAGAGUAUUCACGACAAUGACACGGUGUUGCUGCCCAGUUCCCGACAUAUUCGGCCUGCCAUGGAUUUGGUGGUCGUGGCGUAG